CAAAUAGGCAAUAUUUAGGAAUGUGUUGUACAAAUAAAAGUUCUGAAAACAUAACUGACACAAAUUUCCGGAAUCUAUGUGCCGUUUGGUUGUUUGUAAAGUAUCUCGACCCGAUUGGCCCCCUAAAAAUCAAAAUAGCUAGCUUUUGAUGUUUCGCUUCUACAAGUUGUACUCGUUGUACAUGAACAACAUGACCAGUGGGCUAACAUGGCCGCGGGAGUGGUGCCUGUGCGAGAAGCUGCCGCGGGCGGUGCUCCACAUCCCGGUGAACCGUCACAUGCUCUGCCAGGUGUGCGGAUUGGCCAGGCGCCCCGAGGCUGGACUCGACUCCUCCAGCGAUGAGGACGCAGAUCAGGGCACCCAACGCCAGACGCAUAUCCUGGAGCAACGCAACGUGGAGGAGCCCAAAAAGGGUCAAGUGACUAGGGUGAAGGUAGCCAUUAGGGGAAAGAAGCCGAAAGCCAAGAAGAUUUGCCGGACGAACUGCCUCAAGUGUGGUGGCUUAGCCAGGGCAGAAGCUGGCCAGGAAUGUACUGAAGCACCCAAAGACGUGAAGAACACGUUGUACCCGGGGCGUCAUGGCUUGUACUCGAAACCGAAGGGAAUGCCCCGUCGACAGCAGGUGCCCAAGGCACCGCCACCUUCGACACCAUCAACAUCUCCAACGCUAUCGCCAUCACCAUCGGCUUCAUCAGCUCCAUCGCCCACGGCACCACCACGCCCUCCUCGUCUAGCAACGGAGUCACCACGCUCGGAGAUGCCCAGCCUGGUGGCCAUGGCCCAUACCGUUUUCAAUCCGAAAAACCACAUACUACAGAGCUACAGAAAUCUAUUUGUCAGCAACUUUAUUCCCUUGCAGAGUCCCAUUACGGAUACCUUUGGCGGAGCUAUCUCCAAGAGGAGCAGGAACAGCACUCGGCCGCCGCGCUGCCACAGGAGUCGCCCAUUGCCACCCCUUUCCAAAGUGCUGACCAACAUCUUGAGCAGCCAAGACUCGACGGAUGGCAGAGAGCUGGGUGGUGGCUUGAGUAGCUCCAAUUCCAAGGACUCGCAGACCACCGAUUACGAGCUGGCCAGCCAGUUCUGCCCCUUCGACGAGUAUGAAGGUCCAUCCGAAGACGCUCUCGUCGGGAGCAGCGCACGAUAUCUACUCCAUCGUCCGAAAUCGCUGCACAUCGAACCACGACAGGACUUGCCCAACAAUCGCAUUGAAUCCCUGAACUAUAAGUUCAGCUCAACUUCUUCAGCCAAGGACAUCCCGAAUCCGAUGGCUGACAAUCUACCAGGGAUCCUAUUCAUGACGCAAUCAGUUCGCAAAAAUCUUAUGACGACCCUUAAUAAACUUGGAAGCGAAUGCCAUAUUUCAAAUAAAACGAGCCCACCAAACAACUUGGCCUCCAAACCGGCAGCUAUGCAGCAGACCACUCCACAAAAUAAACCAGAAGAGUCCGAAAAGCUGGAAAGAUCCUCCAUUUUAAGCUCCAUCAUGGACCAAGUCUUCUGCUCACAGGCAUCCGAAAGCUCACAUGGAAUCUUCGAAGAUGACAAAGUCCCUGAAUUGGAGGAUAUUAAUGAGACGUUCAACGACAUGUUCAUCGAGGACCCUGAAACCGUAUCUUUGAAAAGUGAUGUAUCCAAUGAGCAAACUGUAUUUUCUUCAAAUAAAACAAACCACUACGACGAUUAUUCCAAACCCGUUUCAAACACACCAAGCACUUCUAGCUGGGAACGGUUUUGUGACACAAAAGAUGAUUGUGCUAAAGCCAAACCGACAUUAUAUAAGUGUGCCCGCUGCGGACAGCAUAAGAAGCGUGAAGAUAUGGUUGCUAAAAUUAAAACAAAUCAUAAUAGUCCUAUAAAAACAGAUACAAAUGAAAUCAGGUUGAAUAAAAAAGUAGGAAUCGCAAUAAAGCAAAGGCUCAAUAGCGUAAGAUCAGGAGCACAAGAAUAUAUAAAAGUGGAACACGAAAUGGAGAAUUCCCCAAAGAUAGCAGACCAAAGAGUAAUCCCAGAGAUUUUUAGGGAAAAUCUACGUAUCCCAAAGCCAAGAAGAACAGCUGAAGAAAUCCCAAAAGAGAGCAUUCUACGAGAACCAUGUAUAAAUACAAACAUUCAAAGCAAAGGACAACGAAUUGGUCAUAAGGAUUCCCUCGCAGUGCAAACUGCUUUCAAAAUUCAUAGAACUUUUAAAUAUUUAAAUUUACAAGCAAAAGAAGAUAAGCCAUUGGGGGUUAACAAUCCAGCCAUAAUCAAUGAUAAACCAAGGAAUACUCUUCCUAAGAUACACCACGAAUGUCUGGGAAAACGUCACAGAAACGCACUUAAAGAUACGAAUAUACUCAGAUCUCAAGUACCAGUUAAUAUGAAGCCAUCGACCAACUGGGGAGUGAUACAAAUCUUCGGGACCGUAAUUCAUCAGUGUCACAAGAUCCCCAAAUUACAAGUUGCCACCUUUGUAAGGGAGUUGGUGGAUAUCGGUCAAACCAUACAUGGCUAUAUCCAGGAGUAUACUCCUUCGUCGCUCUUUGAGUUUCGUAUGCCCGACAUUAGUCCCAACGAACUGCUAACUUACCGAAAUCUUGGAGAAAAUUCGUAUAAUAAUAGCGGGAGCGUUACUCCUAUACCUCAUAAAGCCAGUCCAAAGAAGUUACUUUUGCCGGAGCAGUCUAAAAUCCACAAAAAAACGAGUCCUCAAGCCCAUUCAGUAAAAUACGAAAGUCGCGAGAUUAGAUACAAAACACUUGAAUUAUCGUUUAACGCAGGACAAACAGAUAGUUUUAACCAUCCAAAUGACAAAUUGCUUCAUUAUGACAAACAAAUAGCACAUAAUAAUACAAUACAUACCAACGAUGCUUCCAAUUUGUAUGAGGCAGAUAGUAUUUCUGGAAUGAAAACAGAGGAGGAUAGAAAGUCUCUGCCAAUAAAAUCAAUAGAUGCUAAUUUAAGUUGCUUAAGUGAUAACAAUGUGAGCCAGUCGAAGUUUUGUAAGCCGCAAGCCAAGAACUUUAAAUGGCAUACAUCAGAUGUAGGAAUGAACAUUUUGGAAAAAGAAGAGAACCCAUUAAAAGAAUCCAAUCCAAAGGCAGUUAAUGCUACGUUUUCGAGAUCGAAAGAGAAUAAAGAAAAUUCCAAGGAAUUAUAUUACCAAAAGAAACCCAUAGCGAUACAAAAAUACAAUUCAUCAAAACUGAGCAAUGAGAUAAGAAAGCAAAUAGACAAAUCGUUGCAACUGAAGAUCAAAAAAAUAAUGAGUAAACCGAUAAAGUUGCUAAGAUCCACUGAUUCAGAUUCGGUUGAAAGAUUUGUAGAGCCAUUUACAAAUAAAUUAAGUGUUUCCGAAGAAUAUAAUCUAAGCUCUUCACGUUCACCAAAUGUUAUUUUAAGUCCCCCAAAACAAAGCGAAGCUGUUUUGAAUACACGAAAGGAAUCAACUUCUUCUAGUUCCUCCAUGGAAAUAAGUUCAAGUCAAAAGCCAUUACGACUAUUAGAAAAUCCGUACUCCUCAAAUCACUCGGAAUUAGAGGACCUAACUAUGGAAUCCAAGAUUGAAACUGACUGUGACGCAGCAUCGGAACCCAAAAUGACCUGUAAAACCACCGAAUAUGAGGGACUGCCCCCUCUGAACUGGCAAGUAAUCUCAAUGGGUUCAGCUCAUCCAAAUAAUACUGUGAAUCAACCAUCGGAAUCAAUCUUGGAAGAAGAGUUUUUAUGUCCCAUUUACAUGUGCGGAUGCCUCAUAAAGUCGAAGACAUUUGCGUCCCAUUUUAAGCGAGAUCAUAGAGGUACGAAAACCAAAAGUGCUUGGUCGCAGGAAGAUUGCCAUCAAGUAGUGGAAGGUCUACCAAAGCAGUUCACCUUCGAUGGCGAUCUCCUCACCCAAGGAAACACUUUCGUGGCCCUUCUCUUUUACAGCAGCCUAACAAGGGAAAGCCCCCCUAGAUCACUUCCUAUGCGGAAUCAUCCGCUGGCCUUACUAGCUGCUCCACAAAAGUCUAAGGAUGAUCGAUUGACCGGCGUUUUCUUCUGGCUGAUCGGCUGCAACUUCUGUGCCAAACUUCUCGCUAAGCUCACAGUCUACGAUCCACUAGAUAGAAUUGGACGGAGUGAGAUUAUUAGGCCACGUCCUUUACCUCAAAAGCAAGACCCACAAGGAUUGCCCACCAAUUCUAAAGAUCAGUUGCUUAUAACAGUUCCACACAGGAAAAGGACGUUUCAAAUAAGUGUGGUCAUAGAUGAAAAGCAAACCUAAAUAUACGAUGUUGUUCCUUUCAGUUUAUAAUCCCUUUAAUACCAGUAGUACCACGAGUUUCAUUUUAAAGACGUAUU